CAUGAAGCGUGAAAUCUCUCUCUCUCUCUCUCUGAAACAAUUUAAAAAAGGCGGGAAAACACUAUGGACUCUCACUCUGUCAUUCAUCACUGUUAGUCUGUUGUUACCGCCUUACCUUCCUUUUCUCUGAAUUUACAGCUAGCUACGAUUUUCUCUUCUUCUCUCAUAUUAUUGCUAAAGGAAAAUGGAGCAACUGAGGGCAGCAUGGGCAGCGAAGACUAUCGUUAUGAUCAUAAUCACUUCCAUUCUUUUCCAAUGCGUCUGCGGUGUUAACCACACCGUCGGCGAAACUUCUGGCUGGGAUCUCACUUCCAAUAUCCAGGCCUGGGCCUCUUCCGCUACCUUCUCCGUUGGCGAUGAUCUCGUGUUCUUGUAUACGCCGGUCUAUGAUGUGGUGGAGGUUAACCAACAAGGUUACGACACGUGUACUAUCGCCAACGCCAUGGCCACGUACAGCUCCGGGGAAACAGUGAUCCACCUCACGGUACCUGGAACCCGCUACUUCGUUUGCGGCAGAUUGGGCCACUGUCAACAGGGCCUAAAACUUCAAGUCCAAGUCCAGACCCAGGCCCAGGGACAGACCCAAUCCAACAAUAACGGUGCUCCUCCACAUUCUUCUGGCAACUCCCUUCCGGCUCCGCCUCAUUCUGCCCCCGACACUCCUCCUGCUGACGUUCCAGAAUCUUGCGAUUGCUCACGUGCUGACCACAUGCUUACGUCGAUUACGCUCGUGAUCACCACCGUGAUCCUCUCUUCCGCUCGCGCUUCGUUCCUCUUCCCACUUAAGCAUCAUCUCCUGCUGGUUUUCACCUGAAGCGGUGAGCUUCCUCUGCUUCCAACCACACAUUUUUAGUUACCUAUUAUGGACUAUUCCUUUUGAUGGCAUCAUAUGAUGGGUGAUUUCAUUCAUUUCAUUUCACUUCAGUCAAUUGCUCUGUUGGUUGGGCGUAUUGUAUUCGAAAUUGUUCUGUCAGUUUGACUUCUCGUAUGUUUAGUCUUGCUUAAUUGAAUUUCUAUUCCUUCUUCCAUUUAGUUGUUAAUUUUUGUUUACAGAAUAAAUGUGAAUCAAAACCUUUUUUUCGGGAAGAAACAGAAUUAAACAAUACCUAUGUUUUG